GGUCUUUUAAACAUCGUAAGCGACGGGAACCGAGCGACACAUGUAAACUUCUCAGCUGUAAACUGCACCGGUUUUUAUUCCAACCAUUAACAAUUUCUCCGGUAUUUGUUCUGAAAAUUUAUUAAUCUGAGACAAAAUUUUGAGGAAAAAUGGAUUUACAUAUUUCUUGGACUUUUCUCAUCCCUCUGAUGCUCAUACUUACUGAAGCAAAGAAGGACAAGGAGCUGUAUUGUGCAGUUUGCAGAGCCUUGGUGGAUGAGAUUCACUUUAGUAUAAGUGAAGUUGAUCCAAAGAAAUUGGUACAGGUUGGAAGUUUUCGGAUUGAUGGUAAAGGAAAUCAAUUGACAAAACAGGUUCCCCUUGCAAGAUCAGAAUUACAUCUGACAGAGUUGAUGGAAGGGGUAUGUGAGAGAUUUAAAGACUAUGCAGAGACCAAAAAUUCUGAGGGGAAAAAAAGUGUCCUAAGAACUGCCUCAAGAAAUGGGAAACCUAUAUCACUGCAAAACAUAUCUAUCAGUACUGAGAAACAGAAACUCAUACGAUUUGCUUGUGAUUCGAUACUGGAGGACCAUGAAGAAGAAAUAAUGACAGCCUUCCAAAAAUACACAGAGAUAAAAGAAACAGAAGAAAAAGUUUGCAGAGAAAUGGCAGACCUGUGCUCUGAAGCAGAUCUCCAGAUAUCCAUGCCUUCCUCUGAAAUGACAGCAGAGGAGAUAGCUGCAAUGGAAAACGCAAGUGAUAGUGAUGAUACAGACACUGAAGAUGGGGACGAUGUGGACUCUGAGAGCGAUGACAGUUCACCACAGGAGUCUGCGAGUAAUGAUGAGGAAUAUGUUGAAAUGACAAAUCAACAAGCAGAGAAGACAGAACAGAAGUCUGAGAAGGAGGAGCUAUGAUGACAGUCCUUUCCUUUAAAGGGUUAAUUCUGAGUGCAUUAUAUCAAGUCAUACCGCUAUACCUAAGUCAAGAUUUUCAUUCUCCUUUCACCCUGUAGGUAUAUUAUCUAUAUGAAACAACUUUUCAGAUAUAAUAUAUAGGUUCUCUAAUGAGUGGUGGCUAGUUUUAAUGUAAAUCUGGAUAGAGUUAGUUAAUUUUCAAAUUGUAUAAAGACACAAGGUUUACCGAGUGUCUUUUACAAUUUGAAAAUUUACUUAAAAGAGGAAGAUAAACAUGAUGAUCAACCAUCAUGAGUUUUGGGACUUUCUUCUCCCACAACAUUCAGAUAUUGUAUCCAAAAAACUAUAUAUUUUUCUCUUGUGAUGACUGACCAGUGAAAUCACGUCCAGGGUGUUACCCACUAGGUAAUGGGUAACCAAAAGUGUUUACCAACUUGUAGCCGAUUUUGUCAAUGAGUUGGAACUGGAAGUGAAGAUAGUUAAUAGUGGUUGUGGGAGGAAAACAAAUCUGAAGAUAUUUGUACACACAAUACAUGUAUCCUAAUAUCACUCCAUCUGGUUCGUUGUUUACUUUAAAUCAGAUAGAUUUUAGUGAUACUUCAAUGUUUAACUCAACAAGUCUUUUAGAGUAGUGAUAGUGCUUUUCUUCAGGAACUAGAGCUUAUCAGGAAUAGAUUUCAAUAUAAAUACCUCAUGUCUGCUUAUAUGUUCAAGCUAGUUUUUCUGCUAAGAACAUGAUCAUGUUUCCUACCAGGAUGUCUCACUAGCUUUGUUAUUUUGUUAAAAGACUGUGAUUUUAUGUAAGUGCUUGGAAUGUAUAUAAGAUUGGUGUGUUUAUUAACUUUGAUACCUAUCUUAACUGAACAGGUAACUGAGCAUUCAUAAGUAUGUUAGAUCUGUAGCAUUAUUAGCUCACCUGCUUGUCCUGGACUAAAUUGAACCUGGAGCAUCCUUGGGCAAAGGGGACUAAAUCUUUUAUAAACGGUUGGUUUGGACCCCGUUGCGGGCCCAAUAGCGAAAUUAGAGGUUUAAAUCUUUAAAAUCUUUCUACUUCUGUACCAUUGGAGGGAUUUUAUGUAAUGAAAAAUGGUUGCUUUAUUAUCCGGGUGAGCGAUUUAUCAGGGCCUCUGGGCCUCUUGUAUUAAUAUUAAUUAAUAAUAGACUUACCAGCCAUAGAAUUGUGAUAGAUUAGUACAAUUACAUGUUUUUAAAAAUUACAGAAUUUCAAAUAAUAUUUAAAAAUAUUAAACAAAUUACUCGCAUAGAUGAAUGUGUUUCAUUUGUAUACUAUAAAGAAUGUGCCUACAUUAGGAGUGUUAGAAAAUGCUAACUAAUAACAAAACUUUUGUAUGAAAUUGAAUUGGGCAUGUAUGUUGCAUAAUGAAUAAAUAAAAUGUGUGAAAGUAUGGUUGGAAUGUACCAUUUUGUCAAUGU